AAUCCAUCUGGAAUCCUAGUAAAAGAAGAGUGUGUCGCAGCCUUUAAAGAGAUAAAACGUAAACAGUGGAAAUACGUUAUUUUUAAAGUGACUGAGAACAGAAAAUACAUAGCAGUGUGGAAAAAAGUCAAGCAAUCAACAUAUGGGGAUUUUCUGAAACUUUUUGUGGGCGAUGAAUGCUUUUACGCCCUGUACGACUUUGCGUACGAGACGGAGGAUCGACGACCUGUCUCAAAAAUUGUCUUCUUUUCAUGGUACGUGCGAAAAAUUACUGGUGAUAUUGGUGGUUUACCAUUAACAAAAAGAUUCCGAAAAAUCCGGUUGGAAAGUAAAUGGAACACCACUUUUUGGGUCAUUCCAGUGGAAAAUUUCCGAGAGCAAUGGAACUCCUGAAGAAGGUAGUCCUCUUUUUUUUCCGGACGGAAUGUUCCAAACGGAAAUUCGUGUUCCAUUUUCUUCAAAGCCAUCUUUGAUACUAGUUUCAGGCCUUCGAGGCCAUUUUUUCGGUAAAUGGAACUGCUUGUACAAUGGUAAACGCUUUUCCGGGACUAAAUUGAAAAUGUAGUGAAUUUGCACAAACCGUGAACCGACCAGUUCGCCUAAAUGAAUGGUAAACAACCAUUGGCUACACAGUGCAUGUCCCUUUAGUUGUUGGUUCCUUCUCAAGUCUCAUGCAGUUUGGAAACCUGAAAGAUGGGGCCUAGUCCAAAGGUCUUACAAGUAAGUUGAGGGAAACUCCAUUUAUAUGAUAUACAGAGAGCCUUAGACUCAAAUCGAUCUGCGACCGAUUGGACCCAAAAAGCUUUGACCCCUUUUUUGAGGGUCUGGGUGGGGCUAACUGACAUCCAGACCCUCUUUUUUUCCACAUCGUAAGCAUCUUAACUCCCCGACCCUUUCAUUACUUUAUUCUGAAGCAUUCCUUUCUUUUUCUCUAACACAGGACUCCGGAGGAUUCAAAGAAAGAGAGGGCGAUCUAUGCGAGUAGCAGAGUCCCAUUUUACAACAAAAUCAAUCCUAAUUUACCUUCUGUAGAAGCAACUCACCCAGAUGAUCUACAGGAAGAUCAAGUCACAGAGAAAGUGCAACAAAAACGAAUUAUUAGACGAAUUUAA